UUCACGGGGCAGUGCCAGUGCAUGCCAGGCUUCGGAGGCCGUACCUGCCGCGAGUGCCAGGAGCUCUUCUGGGGUGACCCAGGUGUGGAGUGCCGAGCGUGUGACUGCAACCCUCAUGGCAUCCAGACCCCGCAGUGCGACCGUACCACGGGGCAGUGCAUCUGCAACGAAGGGGUGGAAGGGCCUCGCUGUGACAAGUGCUCCCGGGGCUACUCAGGCUUCUUCCCCGACUGCGUGCCGUGCCACCAGUGCUUCGCUCUCUGGGAUGCGAUCAUCAGCGAGCUGGCUAAUAAGACCCAGCAGUUCCUGGAUAGGGCCAAUGCCCUCAAAGUCACUGGAGUCACUGGCCCAUACCAGCAGACACUCAACACCCUGGAGGAGAAGCUCGGUGAAAUCAAAACCAUCAUCGCUCAAAAUCCAGCUGCCGAGCCCCUGAAGAACAUUGGGAAUCUCUUCGAGGAAGCAGAAAAGCUGACAGCAGAUGUUACAGUUAAGAUAGCUGACGUAGAAGAAAACCUGUCAGCCUUAGCAGCAAAGAGCAAUAGCACAGACGCAGACCUGAGCAUGCUGGAGGCAGAUGCCAAAAGCCUAGACCGUGUCGUGAAAGAACUUGCAGAACAGCUAGAGUUCAUCAAGAUCUCUGAUGUUCGGGGGGCCUUGGAUAGUAUCACCAAGUAUUUCCAGAUGUCCCUGGAGGCAGAGGAGAGGGUCAACGCCUCCACUGUUCACCCCGAUAGCGCCGUGGAGCUGUCGGCACGAACGCGGCAAGAAGUAGAAGACUUAAUCAAUGAGAAGGAGGCCCAGUUCAAGGCUAAACAAGAGGAGCAGUCGCGCCUUCUGGAUGAACUCGCAGGCAAGCUGCAGAGCCUGGAUCUCUCUGAAGUGGCUGAGAAGACAUGUGGCACUCCUGUGGGAGCCUCCUGCGCUGAGUCCGAGUGUGGCGGUUUAAACUGUCGAACAGAUGACGGAAAAAAGAAGUGUGGAGGACCUGGCUGCGACGGGCUGGUGACUGUAGCUCACAAUGCCUGGCAGAAAGCCAUGGAUUUUGACAGAGACAUCCUCAGUGCAUUAGCAGAAGUUGAACAACUCUCCAGAAUGGUUUCUGAGGCAAAACAGAGAGCUGAUGAAGCAAAACAAAAUGCACAAGCAGUUUUACUCAAAACCAAUGCUACAAAAGAACAAGUGGACAGAAGCAAUGAAGAUCUGAGGAAUCUUAUUAAACAGAUCAGAGACUUCCUAAUGCAAGACAGCGCUGACCUCGAUAGCAUCGAGGCAGUGGCUAACGAAGUGCUGAACAUGGAGAUGCCAAGCACACCCCAGCAGCUUCAAGCCCUGACGGAAGAUAUUCGUGAGCGUGUAGAAAGCCUUUCUGAUGUUGAGAUCAUUCUGCAGCAGAGUGCCGGAGACAUUGCCAGAGCAGAAAUGCUACUGGAGGAAGCGAAAAGAGCAAGCAAGGGUGCAACAGAUGUUAAAGUCACGGCAGACAUGGUGAAAGCAGCACUGGAAGAAGCUGAAAAAGCUCAAAAUGCAGCUGAAAAAGCCAUCAAACAAGCUGAUGAAGACAUUAAAGGAACUCAAGACCUGCUGACCUCAAUUCAGUCUGAAAACGCAGCAUCUGAAGAAACGUUGAACAACGCUACCUUACGUCUGUUUGAGCUGGAGAGGAGUGUUGAAGAGCUUAAACAAAAGGCUGCUACAAAUUCAGAGAACAUGGACAAUAUAGAAUCAAAAAUCGUUACUGCAAAACAAAAUGCUGAAGAAGUUAAAAAGGUCCUCAACACCGAGCUGAACGACAAGUACAAAACGGUGGAAGAUCUCAUUGCCAAGAAGACGGAAGAGUCGGCGGAUGCCAGGAGGAAAGCCGGCAUGCUGCAAGAGGAAGCUAAAGCCUUGUUGGCUCAAGCCAACAGCAAACUGCAGCUGCUCAAAGACUUGGAAAAUACCUACGAAAACAAUCAAAAAGUUCUAGAAGACAAAGCCAAGCAGUUGGUGGAGCUGGAAGAGACAGUUCGCUCCCUCUUGCAGACAAUCAGCCAGAAGGUUGCCGUUUAUAGCACUUGCUUAUAAAUGGGAGAAGGAAACGCUUGCGUUCCGAUGGGUUUUACAAGUAUUACACUAGUUCUUUUUGACAUUACACUAAAACCUGAUGAAGUGAGCAGGUUUUACAUUGACUUUCAGGUCACAGAACCAAAGACAAGUAACUUUUUGAUGUUGAAAAUAAACAGUACUUUUGUAUCACUGUAUGUACCCAGUAUGAGUCAUUAAGUUCUUGCCUAUUUUCAGUAGCUGACAGUUAAUCCUUUAGCAGGUCUUGUUUUUAAACUGAUUAGAGAUCUAAUAAAAUCUUGCCUCCGAUUAC